AUGUCAUCCACGCCUUUCAAUUUCCGUGUUGAGAAUGCUCGAGACGAAGACUUGCCGCGAUGCAUGGAGCUUGUUCUCGAAGCGUUUGGGCCGUUCCCCAUAAUGCAAAUCAUGGGAGGGCCCAAGACACCAGAAAACUACAAAUUCACUGCGGGACAGCACUUGACCGGCUUCAAAGAACACGCUGCAAAGUAUCCCUCUGUGUGGCCGGCCGUCAAGUGCGUACACACGGAUCCAGCUACUGGAGAGGAAAAGAUUAUUGGGUAUGCGGAGUGGUUCGUUUGGGACAGGGUGAGGAGCGAGGAGGAGUACAUGCAAGAGAAUCACAUUCUGCGCAUGGAGUGGAUACAGGAUGAGGAGAAGAGGCAGAAGUGUCUUGAGUUGAUUCAGCCAGAGGUGGAUAUGCGGAGGAAGGUUAUGAAGGGGCAGCCGUUUGCGCUGCUGGGCUGGAUGUGUGUUGAUCCUGCGUAUAGGAGGCGAGGGGCGGCUUCGGCGUGCGUGAAGUGGGGGAUGGAGAGGUGUGCCGAGCUGGGGAUUCCGGCGUACUUGGAGGCGAGUGAGGAGGGGAUGAAGACGUAUAAGAGCUUGGGGUGGGAGGUGUAUAGUGGUGAGGGGGUUGAGGAGUUGGCGUUUCCGCCGAUGAUUUGGUGGCCUCCUAAUGCUGUGAGGAACUAG